UUCAGUCCGGUGUGUGUGGGGAAAUCAAGAUCUGCAAAGCAAACCUCUGCAGACCGGCUGUUGGGGGAAAAAAGUGUUAGCUGUCUCUCCGGGAUCUGCGAGGGGGCAAAAAAAUUGGAACCAUAAAGUUGCAAACUUUUUUCUCUCAGUUUGGAAGAAGCCGCUCAUCAUGAAUGGGAUCAGCGGAGCCCAGGCGAGAGGAGGCGAGUGGCGGAAAGGAGGGGAGAUUUCUCGCCUGCCGCUCGCGCUGGGGCUCGAUGUGAAUAUAUAUUAUGUCUGCCUGUGCUCCCCUCGUCGGUGGCUAAGGUCAGCCGCUUGGAGCAGACCCCGGGAGGAGGGGGGCAGAAGGGGAAGGGGGGGUGUCCAGCGUGUCACGUGACCCCCCAGGGGUGCCAAUGUCCGGUCCUGAGGGUAUCAAGCCCUUGCAAGUUGCCACCCACUGCCCUGGCCUCGCCCAGCGAUGCAGAAAGCCACCUACUACGACAACACAGCAGCUGCGCUCUUCGGAGGCUACUCCUCGUACCCAGGCAGCAAUGGCUUCGGCUACGACGGGCCCCCCCAGCCCCCCUUUCAGGCGGCCACGCACCUGGAGGGCGACUAUCAGCGCUCAGCGUGCUCCCUGCAGUCCCUGGGCAACGCCACCCCACAUGCCAAGAGCAAGGAGCUCAACGGCAGCUGCAUGAGGCCCGGCCUGGCCCCCGAGCCCUUGCCUGCCCCGCCCGGCUCGCCCCCGCCCAGCGCCGCGCCCACCAGUGCCACUAGCAACAGCAAUCAUACGGGCGGGCCGGGCAAAAGCGGCCCCCCCAAGUGCGGCCCCGGCUCCAACUCCGCCCUCACCAAACAGAUAUUCCCCUGGAUGAAAGAGUCGAGGCAAACGGCCAAGCUGAAAAACAGCUCCCCCGGCACAGGUACCAGCUCUCUGACUUGCUCUCCGCCAGCUUUUGUCCGGGCCAGGAAUGCCACUGUUAUUCUAGCACCCAGCCCCUUGGCGCCCUCGCGGCGGCCUAGGAUCAAGAUCUGGUUCCAGAACCGGCGCAUGAAGUACAAGAAGGACCAGAAGGCCAAGGGGCUGGCUUCCUCUUCAGGGGGCCCCUCGCCCGCCGGCAGCCCCCCGCAGCCCAUGCAGUCCAGCGCCGGCUUCCUGAACGCCUUACACCCCCUGACCCCCAGCUACGAGAGCCCGUCCCCGCCCGCCUUCGGCAAAGCCCACCAGAAUGCCUACGCGCUGCCCUCCAACUACCAGCCCCCUCUCAAAGGCUGCGGCGCCCCGCAGAAGUACCCCCCGACCCCGGCGCCCGACUACGAGCCCCACGUCCUCCAAGCCAACGGGGGCGCCUAUGGGACGCCCACGAUGCAGGGCAGCCCCGUGUACGUGGGCGGGGGCGGCUACGCGGAUCCGCUGCCGCCCCCUGCUGGCCCCUCCCUCUACGGCCUCAACCACCUGGCCCACCACCCCUCGGGGAACCUGGACUACAACGGGGCGCCCCCUAUGGCCCCCAGCCAGCACCACGGACCCUGUGACCCCCAUCCCACCUACACAGACCUCUCCUCUCACCACGCGCCUCCUCCUCAGGGUAGAAUCCAAGAAGCGCCCAAGUUAACACACCUGUGAUGGGAGUGGCUGGACGGUGGGGGUGGGGCAAGGUGGCGGCGGGCCAGCCCUUGGGUUGUGGAGCUCUCGGGGCAGAUCCCAGAGGUCUGGAGGAGGAGGCCAAGGGGCAGUGGUGAGACUCCCUGGGAAGAACAAUGGGUCUGAGCCUGCCCUGCCAAAUUGGUCUUCAGCCCUCCAGCCUCUGCUGCCAUCCACCUGCCAGCCCAUGGGAAAGGAGUCACAGCCAAUUGGAGAUGACCCCAUCAACCCCAGGGCUUCAGCACUCCCAGUUGGAAUUCUACUCUGGGGGGUGGGGUAGAGGAAGAGGAAUUGGGAAAAUAAGGCAGAGAAGCACAGGACAGGAGACAAAAACGCCAGACAAGAUGGCUAGGCCAUCACCCACCAACCAACCAACGUACCUGCCAUCCCUGUGAGCGAUUCUCCCACACCUUGACUCCCCCCCCCUCCCAAUUCUCUUUGAAAGCAAAACAAAACAUAUUUCAAAUGCAAGGGCACAAACCACACUCUACCUGCUUUCCAGGGGCCUCAAGUUUGCUCCCAUGUCUCUGAGGUUUAGUGGGGUAACCCCCUCCAUUUCUAGCCCAGAUGUUUCUGCUUUAGGGCAUUGUUACUUACACACACACCCCUUGAUGACAGUGUUCAGAGGGCUCAGGGAUGGUGAGAGAGCCUGAAAGUCAGAGCUGCCUAUAUUAUAAAUCGAUAUAUUUUUCCCCCUUUACAUAAAAAUUGGGAGGCAGGCAAGUUGUCAGGGCUAAAGACUUGCCCAUCCUACCACCUCCUGCCCGGGCUCCAGGUCCAUCCCCUUCUCUCCAUAGAAAACAUCGGUGACACGGGGUUCUCCACAUUUUCUUUUCUUCUGUUACUCUCUUGACUUAACGUGAAAACAGGGUAUAUUUGAACAAACUGUCUGUCCCAGGCAGAGGGUUGCAGCUUGGCCUGUGAGCCUCGCUGCCCCCGCUGACAGGACACUUUUGUUGCACUUAGAGUUUACAUUUUAAUGGAUAUAAAAACAACUGUGAGAGGUGCCUGGGCCUGCAGGAGCCCAGCGUCGCUCAAAAAGCUUGUGUUCUAGUGAACAUUUUCAUAUAUAUUUAUUGGUUAUAGCCUGUUAAAAUAUUUUCAUUUUGUAUUAUUUAUCCCCCCACAUUAUGUAUUUAUGAGGGAAGAAAGGAAAAAAAAUUGUACUUUUUUAGUAUUUACUUGUUAUAAAGGACGUUGUGUUUUUCUGUCAUGUAAAAGCAGCUAUUUUAGUUAUUGUACUCUAGAAAAGAGCUGUAGAUUUAUGUUAAACUCGUACUUAUGAACAAUUGUAAUUAGUUUACCAGGCAUGGACUCAGCUCCUAAUUGUCACUGUAUAGUCCUGAAUUUGUAGACUUAGAGUUAAUUCUCUUGGAACUUUCUUUGUUCUUUGUAGUUACAUUUUUCCUCACUUAAAAGGGUUGUCUGUCGAGCAAUUCUUAAAUAAACUUUCUGUUAUCUAUUUUA